CCCCUAGGAUGCCGAAAAUACUUAGUUGCCUCGCACUAAGCUUAUACUUUGUGUUUACAUUUAAGUUGUUCUCUACCUUGGUGCCUUGCCUUGUGCAUUGCGUUCAGUUUCGUUCAUGGGAGAAAUGUGACUCUCGGUUGGAGACUAUUUGGAUAAUGUCGGCUUUUGCCGGCGCCAGCGGAUUGAUGUUGGUGACUAAGAAUUACAGGGAGUUCUUCUUUCUGUACAAUUGGUUAAUAGUCAUCGCUGAGUUGAUUGUGCUUGAGUUUGGUUAUAUUGCGUAUGCUAAUACUUUGUCUGAAAAAAAUGUGUGGCAAUGGCAGCUUGUAUUUUUUGGUUUCCUGAUCUGCAGCUUCAUAUUGGUUUUAUUACACCUGCUGGUAUCUAAAAAAAUUAUCAAAAAUAUAUUGAUCGAAAACCUUCUGCAUUUGGUACCUGAUAAAACUGAUAUUUGA